AUGCGUUUCACCGCUGCUACCGUUGCCUUCUUCGUCGGCCUGGCCGCCGCUAUGCCCAACGCGGCCGACACCACUGUCUACCAGACUGAGGAGGUCACCAUCACCUCUUGCGGCCCCGAGGUCACCAACUGCCCUGGUCGCACCCACAGCACCCAGCCCUCCGGUGCUAGUGCCACUGAGACCAGCACCCCCGCUGUCCUGACCACCACCCCCGCUAGCGCUCCUAAGCCCUCCAGCUCUGCUCCCGCUCCUGUUGUCUCCAGCGCCACCAACGUGAUCCCCGCUCCCCCGGCCGUCACCUCGGUGAUCCCCCACACCUCGUGCACCACCUGGUACGAGACCGUCACCGCCCCCGGUGGUUCCAGCCCCACCAACUCCUCCCCCGUUGGCGGUGGUGUUCCCCACGUCCCCUCGUCCAAGACCGGCGUUCCCAGCGGUACCGCCUCCGUUAUCCCCUCCUCCACCCCCGUCUUCAACGGUGCUGGUGCCGUCUCCGGCUCGCUCACCUUCGCUGGUGCCGCCGCCGCUGCCGCCUUCUUCCUGGCUUAA